UGUAGAGUUAUGUAACGUUAGACGUUUUGUCCUUUUCAUAGCGAUUUCACAUGAUGUCAAUCAUGGAGACAACCCCGAUAAAACUGACAGUGACACCAGCUAAUGAAACUACACCGAAUACAGCCCAGUCUUCUUCAAGUAGGUCCAGCGCAACCACGUCCAUGAGUGCCUCACUGAAGGAGAAGUUAAAAAGAGCACGACACACAUUCAGAUCCCCCCUUAGUGUGGUUAAACGCCUUAAAAUUGAAGAUGACAAUCAACCACAGACUUCACAACCUGGAGACACAAAGCACAGCGUGACUGAGGAAAGAGAGACUGAUACUGAUGUCAAUCAGAAUGAUAUGAGGGAGCAAAGAGACUGUUCACACGUUCACACAGCUGAGACUGCACCAAACGACUCGAUUCAGCAAUGUGAAGAGAUUAGAAAAGCAGUGAAGGAGAGAUCAGAAACCUUGAGAAGAUUAAAGAUGGUCCAGAUGUAUAGAAACAAGAAUGACCUGACCCGGCUGCAGAUGCUCAUAGACAAAUGGAGAUCUUGUGCUCAGUCUGUGCUGUAUGAAUUGCAAAGUGAAUUACCCACAGAGGGAAAACAAACUAGUCUGUCUCAGCUUAUAGACAACUUUGGGUUAGAUGACAAGUUACUGCACUUUGAUAGGACAGAGGAAGAAUUCACGGACACCUAAAAGUCAUUAUAUUAAUUUUAUUCACACUGUUAAACCGGUUGUAACAUGCCAUUUCAGACCUGGUUAUUCAUUAAAACAUUUGGAUUGAGAAAAUAUUCAGAUUAUGUGUGGAAUUGAUACGACAUUGCAGUGUGAAUUUUGAUAGGUUUAUUAAACUGUAUUGUAAUUUAUUA